AUGACAGUACCCGCCUCUUCGCCUACCACGCAGUGGACACACGAGCCCGUCGACGUAGCUAUCGUCGGCGGCGGCUUCAGUGGCCUUGCUGCAGCCAAAGACCUUGUUGCUGCGGGCACAUCAGUCCUUGUCCUCGAAGCCCGAGAUCGAGUCGGCGGAAAGGUCUACGACUUGGAGGUGAAAGACGGAAAUAGCCACAGAGUCGAAGCCGGGGCUGAAUUCGUCUGCAAGAACCACAAACGGCUUCUUGAUCUUGCCAGUGAGCUGGGCAUCAAGACGUUCCCGACAUACAUCGAGGGCAACAUGCUCAUGUGGAUACCUGGUCUGGGCCCUCUCCUCUAUGAUCCUGUCAAGACGCAGGGCUUGCCGCCGCUGUGUGAGGAGGACAUUGCGAUUCUGGCGGAUAUCACAGCUCAGUUCAAUGAGAUGGCGAGUGAGAUCGAUGUGCAUCAGCCAUGGACGCACCCUAAAGCAAAGGAAUGGGAUCGUCUCACACUGUCCUCAUGGCUGGAUGGCUUUACGCGUGAUGGAGUUGCGCGAGGUGUGAUUGACAUGACGAACAGAGCUGUCAUGUCUGCGGAAGGCGAGGAUGUCUCACUGUUAAGCGCUGUGAUCAACGUGGCGAGAACUGGAGACGCGGAAACGAAGGGUCGAAUGGAGAUGUUGACCAAUGUCAAGAAUGGAUCUCUCGAAGAGAGGAUUGAGGGCGGACCACAGAACAUCGCUAUCAAGCUCGCUGAACGCCUUGGCAGUGACAGAGUCCGCCUUGAGGCACCUGUUCGACAGGUCCUCCAGAACGAUGGUGGAUACCUCGUUGUGGGCGAUUCAUUCCGCGUCCAAGCACACAAGGUUAUCAUCGCCAUACCCCCCACGCUGGCAGGUCGCAUCGUCUACCAGCCCCCGCUUCCCGCUUCACGAGAUCAGCUCUGCCAGCGCGUCCCAAUGGGUUCAAUCGGAAAAGUAAUCGCAAUCUACAAAACUCCAUUUUGGCGUGAUCAAGGCCUCAGCGGUGAAGUCGCAAGUCUCGAAGGUGUAUCCCAAUCCACAUUCGACAGUUCCCCACCCGACGCAACCUUCGGAGCCAUGAUGGGUUUUCUAGAAGCUAACGAGAUGCGAAGACUCGAUGAUGCCUCUGAAGAAGAGAUAUUUGCUGCUGUGACAGAAGACUUUGUUAGGUACUUUGGUCCUAAGGCGAGGGAGGUCCAGUCUUGGGUACUGCAGAGAUGGGAUAACGAGGAGUUUUCGAGAGGUGGGCAUACGGGGUUGUUCCCGCCGAAUGUCUGGACUCAGUUUGGGCCGGCGCUGACGAAGCCAGUUGGGGGGAUUUAUUUAUUUUGCUGGGACUGA